CAUAAUAAUAAUAAUAAUAAACAUGUCGGGUGUUUCGAGCUCGCGGAUUAAAGAGGUUCGCAGUCCGAAGUGCGCGCGCUGUAGAAACCACGGGCUGCUCGUGCUAUUAAAAGGCCACGCGGCCAAAUGCAGUUUUGCCGAGUGUCGGUGCUGGAAGUGCUCUCUGAUUUCGGAGCGCACUCGCAUCAUGGCGAGGCAGAGGAGCAUCAAAAAAGGCCUCUGCGAACCAGAGGAAACCCAUCAAUCAUGCAAACCGACCAGUAAACGUGUAAAGGUGCCAGCUGACCAGAUACCUGGGGGUACAAGUGGCAUCAAGAGCGCCACCCAGAGUCCAGAACAGCAGGUGGAAACGAGGGGUAAAACGUACAUCCAGCUUAAGGCUCCGGUGAGCAGCAAACACACUCAGACCACCAACCUGAAUCCUCCUGCAGACACGGUGACUCCCUUCAACUACUCCUACUACUGGCAAAGAGGCCCCCAGGAGCCCCUUCUCACAGAUCAGCCAACUUCGCCAUGGCCAGGCUUCUUAUCACUAAUACACCAGAAUUCCUUAAACGAAACAGUGGCCAUGACGCCACCCUUCCAGCUCCAUGCCCGCUAUGCCAACACCUACGUAUACCCAGCUUAUCUGGUAGGAGCUCCUCCACUCAGCUUUUCCCAUCUGCCCGAGAUGUGGGCGCAACAGGAAGGUCCUGCGUUGGUCUACGCGCCCCGCCCUUGUUAUCCAUGGGUUAGAGAGGAGAACAACCCAAACCCGGAUCACUACCAGCAGUUCUACAGGAGGAGCACCGAGUCUCUUCCUUUACAGAGUGAACGUAACCCAGGGAUUAGAGACGAGCACCCCGGUCAUGAAUAAUCCCACACCCCUGGCUAAACACCACGUUUUAAUUACUGCUUAUUUGCUAAAUUUAACAUAGUCACAUUUUUAAGGUCUUUUUUUUUUACAUAAUCAAAUAAAUGUUUCUUCUCUGUAGAGGAUCUGGCCAAAGAACUGGACACCACCUUCCAAAACCACACCACAACCCUGGUCUUUAAGACAAUAACAGCCUUCACUAUUAUGAUUUCGGUGUGUGUGUGUGUGUGUGUGUGUGAGAGAGAGAAUUUAUACCUAUUAUAUUCCUAUAUCUAAACACUUGUGAGGUCAGGCACCCAUGCUGAACAAGAAGGCCAUGCUCUCCUCGCAAUCAACAUUCCGAAUCAUCCCAGUGGUUCUCAGCAGGACUGUGUGUAGUGGCUCCAUGCCAAAUUUAAAGUCUAACCAAACCACGUCUUUAUCGAUCUGCUUUGUGAACAGGGGAACAGUCAUCCUGGAAGAAAGGGAAACGGCCUUUCCUAAACUGUCGCCACAUAUUUGGAAGCGUGACAGUUAUUUUACAUCAUUGAUUUAAUACAUUAGAUAGGAACGGGUGUGGUGAAAAUAUCUAAAACCUGGCCAGCGACACCGCAGAGACACAAACUCUGGUCCUCACGGUGGUGGGUUGAUUAGUUAGGCCACUGCACCAUCUAAGCACCCUUCCUAAUCGUUUCCCCCUUUUUAGGAAUGCAUAAUUUAUCAUUAAUUCUGACUAUUAUAAAACAAAGUCUAAUAAGAGUGUAAUGAACAAGCUUGUGCUUCGUUUAGGUUUUUACUCAGGCCGUGUUCAUCUAAACCUGAAUUUUUGAGUUUGUUAUGGAUUCUUUUAAUGAAGCUGUUCUACGUUCUUCAGUCGUUCACUUUCCUGCUUUAUUAUUCCAGAUUCUAAUGCGUUUCAUUUAAAAUGGGUUCGAAGUGCCUUAUUCAGCAAAGCAGCUACACAGAAACUUAAUAAACGAGGAAGAAAGACGUGUGGUGUAGAAAUGUAAUACUGGUUAGAUUAUACACCGAUCAGACAUAACAUUAAAACCACCUACUUGUUUCUACACUCACUGUCCAUUUUAUCAG